UCAGCCGAAUGCCCCACGGCCCCACCCACGGCUGACAUGUGGCCCGCUGGAUGGUGCCGAGUUGACAGUCGACUCAGAAGAACACCGAAGGAUCUCAACAGCGUAUCGUUCGACUAGGAUGAGGGGAUAGCUCGAAGAGACUGCAUCGAUUGAACUACAUAGCUAGUCGUAGCACUAGGACGACAGCUCGGGAUGACUGCUCAGCCGACUCCCCCCUCGGCCAAACCAGGCUCUGAUCGGACACUCCAGCGCAAGAUAAGUACGAGCAGACUGCCCAUGGCCAGCUCGACCAGCUCCUCAUCCAGGAUACUACGCUCCAGCUCCAAGGAGCCUCGUGAUACUCAAAUGUCUAAAAACAACAAUAACCAACCUCCCCACUCAUUGAAACGCAGCUUGAAUGAAAAUGAUUCCUCCCAAUCUGCCGCCAGUGCUAAGAGGCCCUCUCUGUGGACGAGGGGCCAAAGGCUGGAGGAUAUGACCACGCCUGCUCCAGCACGACAUACCGCCAUACCGCCAUCGACUUUGCAAAGCAGCAGAACCCGUCAAUCUCAGCCUGAGCAGGUUCUUCUAGCACACGACAAGGCAAGAGAACUCAGUAAGAAGCUCGAGGUGGCCCAUGAGGAAAUCAGUCGACUCGAACACAAGGAUUCUCAGACUAGCGAUCGUGAGUUGGGCUUAGAACGCAAGGUACUGGAUCUCCAGAGAGAGUUGCGUGAGACGAACCUCCGACUAGAGGAUCGUGAGGCCCGGGUCAGCAAGCUCGAACAGGAUCGGAUCAUCGUCAGUGGGCAGAUCGAUGCCCAGGAGGAAGAACGACAGAAAGCGAUCCAGACAGCUGAGGAGAAAGUCAAAAAAUACAAGGCAGCAGCGUCCGCUGCAAAGGAUGAAUUGGGCAAGCUCAAGGAGCGUAACACAUCCUUGGAGCAACACGUCAGAUUAGCCACCCAUAACGAAGCACGUGCCAACCAACUCUCAUCAGACUCUGCAAUACGCAUCCGAUUCCUUGAAGAAGACAAGUCACGCUUACAGGCGGAGAACCAUCAACUCAGCUCGAACAUCGUCCAAUACCAAUCCGAGAUCGAGAAACUUCAUCAACAGAAGAAUCAACAGGUCGGCUCUGGCUCGGGUGACUCCUCUUCCCAUCGGGAUGUCAUCAGAAAGGAAUUGAUUCGUCACGUUGACCGAUACAAAGAUAUGGAACAAGCUAAUGCACGCAUGACACGCGAGCUUGCCACAUUGAGAUCUCGCCAUUCUAACGUCGAACUGCUCAAGGAAGAGAACCACCAGCUCAAACAACGCCUCAGACACUUCGAUCAAGCCCGGCAACAGUUGGCAUCAACCGAAGUCAAGCUUGCCAAGCUGGUCCAAGAACGCGCCGAAUGGGCGGUCUUCAUCAAAGAAAACCAAAACGAGUUCAAGAGUCCUCGGGAGUUUUUCAAGUCUCUUGGCGGCAAGCGAAUCGAAAAUGCCAGCCUGAGAGCCAGAUUGGGUUCGAUGGUGUCUAAGAUCAAGAGUCGUGAUCGGAUGAUUGGCGAGUUGGAGACUCGAUUAGAAGAGGCCGACCAAGAACGGAACAUCGAGUUUGCAGAAAAGAUCAAAGCUCAAGGCCAAGCCCAAAUAGCCGAAAGAAACCGAGAGCUUGAUCGACGACGGGUUCACAUCUUGAAUGAACAACUCAAGAGCUACACGAACGAAGAGAAAUCGCUCUAUGAUGGGGUCAAUUAUGACCAACAGAAAGAUCUCCGAAUUACUCAGUUACAGGAACUCCUCGAUAGUCAUCAAGAUGAACUGGCUCGUGUUCAACGUGAAGCGGCUGAGCUUCGACAACAACUUCACACUCAAUCAACUCGCUCACCAUCUGUUUCCGCGAAUUCCGAAUCACGCAGUACCGAGAAGGGGCAGGCUUUGACUACAUCUCUAUCUGAGCAGAUCGAUCGCAACGAAGAACUCGAGCAGGAACUGGAUGAACUGACGGACGCAAAAGAGAUGUUGAAGAUGGAGGUGGACUCAUUGCAGCUUCAGGUUCAUCGAUUGGAGCGAGACCUGGGUCGGGGGGAAUUCAAUCCGUCGACGACCCAAGUUCUGUGUCCGGAAGGCUCGCCAGUGGAAGUCGAACAGGCCAUCCGAAGCUCGAUGUUAGAAGGCUUGAAGGCCGAGAAUGCGGGGUUGUUGAAGCAGAUCUCGAAGCUCGAGAAGGGGCUCAAGCCGAGUGAAGAGCAAGAAUCAACCGGCAGUCUCGUCCCACGAGAAUCGCUGGUCUCGAGCCAACAAGAGAUCGAACGACUGCAAGCCGAGGUGGCCAGACAGAUCAAGGCCCGGGAGAGAUUGUGUGAGAUGUACCGGGAAACAACGGCGACUUAUAAGCGGGCGAUCUGGGAUAUCUUGGGCUACAGUUUGGAGGCCGUGGCGAAUGGCGAAUUCCGGCUCCGCUCGGCGCUCAAGGACGAGGGCAGUUCAACCAUGCUCUUUGUGCCGGGUAAAGCUGACGGCGCUCAUUUCGAAUUCAAACCUAACCCGAAUAGCUCCUUCCAUCAAUCUUCCCUCGUCGUCAAUCUCUAUGAUCAUUGGGUCCAUCAUCAUCAUUCUAUCCCUGCCUUUACUGCGGCUUUGACUCUCGAUUUGUUCAACUCUAAAUCCACGGCUUCUUCUUCUUCUUCUUAAUAAGCUUCUGCUCUCUCUCCUUCUGAAUCGUUCCCUUUCUUGUUUGUUUGAACAUCUUAUUUUUCUUCUCUUUUCAUUCUUAGAAUUAACCAAAAUAAUAUAUUGGCGGGCUUCACCAUACAACUUG